AUGCUGUCUAAUAUUUAUAAUUAAUUUGAUAUUUAAGAUUCUUAAAAUUAUAUUUUAUCUGGUAUAGUAGGAAGUUUUACAUGCAUUAUUUUAGGUUUUUUAGUAAAUGCAUGUUUAUUAGAAAUCACAUUUAAUAUUAUUUUCGCAUUUUAUUUUGGAAUGGUUUUAAUAUUAUUUGGAUUUUUUUUAAUAAAUAGUAUAUUUGAAUAUGAAAAUGAUAUAGCCGAAGAAAGAAAACCUUUUGUAUUUAUUUUUUCUUGUAUUAUAAUUUUAUCAGGAUUAUUUUGCUUUUUUUUAGAAGAAAGAUGGUUCGUCAAUUGCGUAAUUUGUAUUGUUGACUUUUUUAAUUUUUUAUUAGGAAUAUUUUAAAAGUAUUAUUAAAAAAUAUAAUUGAAACUCCAAAAUAAAUAAAUAUUAUAGUCUUUAUAAGUAUUUUUAUGGGGUUCUUUUAUGGUUUUAUUUUCUCUGUACUUGAUAUAGAAGAUUAAAGUUUUUAUGAAAUAAAAUCAAAAUUUAUUCAAGAAGAAUAUUUAUGUCUUCCUUUUUCUGCUGUUGUUGGAUUUUUUUCUGGAAUAACUAAUGAAAUUUUAAGGUUAAAAGGAGAUUUUUACUUUAAUUUAUUUUAAAAUAUUUGAAAACAUGCAAUACUUUGAUGAUCCUUUUGGUGAAGAAAUAUGA